AUGAAGGGAAUUCGUCGACACCUUUAUUGGAGUGCUACAUCUACCAAACCUGGUUUUGGCAGCCUCAUCCUGGCUAAGUGGAAUUCAUUCCUGCGACAUGUUGCAAAUAAACAUAAUGACCACCCUGACCCACUCUACAAGGUCUGCAGUCAUGGACACCUUCCAUCUAGAAAGUGGAUCAAAAUUGGUGAGGAUAUAAUUUUUAAUGUAUUUAUAGUUAAAGGUCACAUCUGUUAGAAUAUUGUCUUUAAUUUUAGUGUACCAAAAGUUCAUGUACACCCUUUUACUUUUUAUUGUAGGUACUGCUGCCUAUGACAAACUUAAAAGCCUUCUCAAAGGCAAAGCAUUGCUGAAGGAUAUAAAGCAGUUGUCUCCAGAUGCCCAAACAAGUUGCUUAGAGGGGUUUCAUGCCACCUUGAACCGCUGGCAUCCAAAGAUGAUUGGUUUCUCUUGGCUCGGCUCCUUUUGCAGGUAGUACUAAAUUUUUGUUGUCAAAUACAGAAAAUUAUGUUACAAAAACAGUUACUGUCCAACAUACAUUUUUACAAUUAAUAUUGGUUUUUCGUGACUAUUGACUACAUAACAGUUAGUACUUAAUUGACAACUAGUGGUUUCAACAUAUUUUGAAGUAGGUGCCUGACUCUGGAAAAGUAGGCAGCUGUUACAAUCAAGAUUGUUUGUCAAGAGCUGAUUGUUAUGACCAGAGUAGCCGGCGACAUGCAAUCAAGUAGCCAGUUUAACUUUGGCGGUCACUGGCUUGUUUUGAAACCCCUGAUUGACAACCCAUUUCAAGUCAUUGCACCCUCCUCCUGCCCCUCUUGUCACAGAAUGCUUUUUUGGAAUUUGUUUUCAGACACAUCCUUGCCAGUCUCCACUUCAAUGAGAGUCUUCAUAGGGAUACCCAGGUAACCAAGGAUGGUAAAAAGUAUUUCCGAAUCACAUACCCAAAAUUCAAGCUAGGUGAGGAGGUUGUUCGAGAAGUGGCUGCACCCUCAACAUAUCGUAAGUUGACUCUAGAGUGAAUCAUUGUUAUACUAAUAGUUUUUACUUUUUAUCCUUUUCAGAAUAGUUCUAAUAUUUUAUAAAAAACAAAAAAGGAUAAGAAAGGAUAUCAAGUGAAUAAAACUUGCUUUCCAGACUGCAGUGUUAUCCACAACCUUUGCAUGUACAUUAUUUCAUGGCAAACUACUUUGCAGUGGCUACAAUAUUGAUGAACUUAUAGGGAUGUAAAUAUGAUUUUAUGAUUAUGUACAUUUAAUCAGCGCAGAAUAUUUAAAGUAAAUAUUUGGCAAUUUUGUUUUGUAUAGGGUAUGCUGAAGAUAUAAAAAAGCUGCUCUUUAAUUUGUCUAAACAAGAGAUGAAAGAGGUUUUUGACAGUUAUUCUGCCUGGACUCCAGAACCCCUCACUGCUCAAUUCAGUGGUCGUGUUGAUAAGGAAACAGCAGUAAAAACACACGAAGAGAAACAAGGACAAAGAAUCAGCACUCAACUUUUCCCAGCAAGUAUGUUACAUUUCAAUUAUUGAAUAAAUACCUAUAAAGUUAUUCUGAGAAGGGGAAGAUAAAGUAUUUGCACAUGUACAGGCAAAAUAAGGGUACAACCAAAACUCUGUCAAUACAAGAAAGUGGCACAUCAUUAAUUUAUAAUUCACAAAACUUCAAAUAAAAUUUGCUUGACGAAGUAUUUUUGUUUCUUCAGGGGCAGAGCAAGAAGUCCUGCAACAAGCAAGCUGCAGUUUCAACAGCCUGCCAGUGGCUCUAGGGCAGUGCUCAAAAUGCAAAAGACCAGGCCACACCAGAAGAAAAUGUCCUGAAUAAAUAAUGUUGAAAAAGAAAUUUUCUACAAUUAACUCCUUUGAAAUGCACACUGUAUGGGUGCUUUUUUAGUAAACCGCAUGAGAAAACCAUUUCAAUCAAAAAUCAGUAGUAGAGUGUUACGUGUAACUUGAAG